GCACGUUGAUAUAAUUCAUGCAUCAUUUUCUUCGCAUAUUGUCUAGAUCACACUACUGCUAGUUCUUUAGCCGACCCAACUACCAUGCUGUCCCCAACUAUUUCCUUUCUUCCAGAAGAUCAUAUUGGUCAUUUCCGUCCAGAUCUCUCUCUCUCUCUCUCUCUCUCUCUGUCUCUCAAAAAUAUGAUGAACACGCAUUUUAUAAGUACUUCAAAAGACCAAACAGAAUCUUCUGCAUUCACCUUAUUAACUAAGUCCCUAUCUCUAGAUUUCCUCCAUAUUUUUUAGCUUUCGCGUUGCCAUUCUGCUUGCUAUAUAUAUGAGAUGGACGAUCUCCAACUGGGCCUGGCACUAAUUCCAGUAGUAAAGAAGGUGGUGACGUUUGACCUAAAUCAUGAUCAUCGCGAGCUUCAACUGCUGGGCUCGGAAUCAUGGAACUAUGAUACCUGUUUGGAAAGCCAAAAAUGCGCCAAAAACAAACGUAAUUUUGAGGUUGCAUUUGGAAAGACAGGAGAUGAUCAGAUAUCUUGCAUCAUUAACAAGAAAGAAGAGGAAGAAAAUCAUGUGGUGGGGUGGCCACCUAUAAAACCAUGGGUGAAGAAACAGCUCCAUCAUGAGAAUCAAGGUGGGCAGAUUAAGAUCAAUGAUCGGACGGCCGAGAGAUCAACUGAUACUGGACCAAAUUACUCUUUGUAUGUGAAGGUCAAGAUGGAGGGGGUACCAAUAGCAAGGAAGAUUGAUCUGAGGCUCUAUCACUCUUAUCAGAUGCUUAGAGACAGCUUGAUGACCAUGUUUGCUAAUUACCAACAAACUGAGAAAGAUCAUGGUUCAAGCUACACACUCACCUAUCAAGACAAAGAUGGAGAUUGGCUGCUUGCAGGAGAUGUUCCUUGGCAAAGUUUCAUGGAGUCUGUGCAGCGUUUGGAGAUUAUAAGGAAUGACGGUUGAGCUGUAAUAAUGAAGCUGCAGAUCGAUGAUAACUCACAAUAUAAGGCCGGUAACAAGUGCUUGAUGAUCAAUAUGGCCAUGCAUGGGAUAAAUCAAGAUCAAAAAAUGAUAUAUAAUCCUUAUACUGCGAUUAAUCAUUUAUCUGCUUCAGUAAUUAAUUAAGCUGGUUAAUUAAUAGUAGUAUUAAUGUUCUAUUUUCGACUACUCCAGUACUUCUCUUUCUUUCCCUUUUUCAGAGCAAUGACUCGAUUUUAGCAUAGAUAUUAUUACUGUUUGUUUGCUAGCCAUAUAUAUAUAUAUAGUUGCAUCGAUUGUACUUCGAAUAUCCAAAAGAGACCUCUAUAUAAUAUAUGUACCUCAUGAU